CCCCCCUUCCUUUCUUCCCCCACCUCCCUUAUUCUCUCUCUCGCGUUGCAGAGCAAAAUCGGGCCUUCUCUUCAUCACCAAGAAUGUGAUUCCGAUCGAUCUCGAGCCCCGGGAAUAUUAGUCCGAAUCUGGAGAUUUCUCCGUUUUCCUGUGCCUCUCCUUCCGCCGGUCGUCGUGGGUACGGUCUCUGGUCGCCCCUCAUUGGCGGAUUUCUUAUGCUGGUGAUUCAACUUCUGGAUAUCUUCAAGUUUAAUGGAGCAGAGGCUCAUUGAUCCUGGAUCUCUUUUACUAGUUAAACCUAGUGCUGUGGCAGCUAUGGCUACAAUUGAGAACUUUGGAAUUGCUAUGGUUGUGCGGAUGAUUUUAGCUCAUUCCAGCAGCUAAAGAUUGCAUCUGGGGAUGCCGAUAAUACAUUGGACAAUGUUUAAUUGUUCAUGCAAUAAAAAAAGGGUCGUCCAGAAUGUCUUUCAUUUCCUGCUUCCUUGUCAACGAUUUUUGAAUUUCCAAGUCACAGCAAGUGACAAGUACUUAGUCACCAGCAUCACCUGUGCAAGUGCUCAGUUAAAAGUUCAGUAAGCCACUGCCAAUCAGGGCUGUGGAGAACUGAAGUCAUGGAACGGUACAAAGUCAUUGAGGAGUUAGGAGAUGGAACUUGUGGAAGUGUCUUCAAGGCAUUGAACCUAGAAACAAAUGAGAUUGUUGCCAUCAAGAAGAUGAAGAGGAAAUUUUAUGUUUGGGAAGAGUGUAUUAAUCUGCGGGAAGUGAAGUCCCUUCGUAAAUUGAACCAUCCCAAUAUUGUCAAGUUGAAGGAGGUUGUCAGGGAGAACCAUGAGCUUUUCUUUAUAUUCGAAUACAUGGAGUGUAACUUGUACCAGGUUAUGCAAGGCAGACAAAUUCCAUUUUCUGAGGCAGAGAUUCGGAAUCUUAUGUCACAAGUCUUGCAAGGGCUAGCUUACAUGCAUAAGAACGGAUAUUUUCAUCGUGACCUUAAGCCAGAAAACCUGCUUGUAACGGAUGAUGUUAUUAAAAUUGCUGAUUUUGGCUUGGCGAGAGAAGUAACAUCUGUACCACCUUACACUGAUUAUGUUUCAACAAGAUGGUACCGAGCUCCUGAAGUCUUACUGCAGUCUCUAACAUAUACUCCUGCAAUUGACAUGUGGGCCAUUGGUGCAAUACUGGCUGAACUUUUCACAUUAAAUCCUCUUUUCCCUGGUGAAAGUGAAACUGAUCAAAUAUACAAGAUAUGCAACGUGCUUGGAACACCUGAUUAUGCCACAUGGCCUGAAGGGAUGUACCUCUCGCAAUCCCUGAACUUCAGUUUUGUGCAGGUGAAGCCUGCUAACCUUUCAGAACUUAUUCCUCAGGCCAGUCCAGAUGCACUUGAUCUGAUUAUGCACCUAUGUGCGUGGGAUCCACAGAAGAGGCCUACAGCAGAGCAGUCACUUCAUCAUCCCUUCUUCAAUGUUGGCAUGCUGCAUACUUUCCCUUUCCUGGCAUCAGAUGGCCUUGAGGAAACACCAAAUCAAGCUGAACCUGAGCCAAAGCUUGAGCUGAAUCUGUGGGAUUUCGGUACUGCAUCAGAUGAUUGCUAUCUUGGACUGACAUUGGGGAUAAAACCUAGUGUGUCUGAUCUGGGUGUCGUACCCAAAAUCUCACAUAUUUGCGAGUAUGACUUCAUCGGCACACAGGGAAUGUUGCUUGAUUCUGAAUUUCAAGGCUACUCUGGGACAUCAACAGCAUUUUGGCCAUUGUUAACUCUGGCCUGCAGUUCAAGUGCUGUACCAGUGAGUUCCUCGUUGCAGUCUUCUUAUUUGAGAAACGGCAGUCAAGCCAUGAAUCCACCUAUUGGAGUCGGAGAAUCUUCAGAAUUUGCGAUUGCUGCAAUGCAGUCCAAUUCUUUUGACAGGCAUUCACUUGGGUUGGCGAUCUCAUUGCCCUUCCAUCAGGGACGUGUUUGAGUAAAUUUAUGGACCACAGCCCUGUUACCACUAACUAUAAUCUCUAACACUAAUACUUGUAGAUAUCCUUUUUUUUUUUUUUUUGGGGUUUUUCCUGAUGAAAGAUGUUUGGGUUUGGAAUUUGGUGAAGCAAAUGUUAAUAAAUUGAGCUGAACAUUGUACCAAAUUCCUCCAAAGUCUUGCUGAGAUUCUUGUGAAUAUAGAUGCCACUUUGUGGUUUCUUCUA